AUGAAUGGUACUAGCGUAAACACCACACAGAACCAGCCGAUCAGGUCGGCGAAAUUACCUCCCAGCCCAGCUCCUCCAGCACCUGCUACAGCCCCUCCCGCUACCCCACUUCAAGCCACAUCUUCAAUGAACCAACAAGCGCCUGAAAAUCGUACAAACCCACCACCACAUCAGCAUCAUCAUCCCCCGGCUGUUAAUGGUCACCAUUCACAGACCACCAAGGGAAAGAAACGAAAUGAUGCACCCGUGGACCCCGCCACAAUGUACGAGAGCCUGAAGAAUAGAAUAGCAGCAUUGGAGGAGGAAGAAGUGAUCGAAGAGGAAGAGGAACGGAGGUUUGCGGAGGAAGCCCAGAAGUCUGUCAAGGGCAUGGAGGAAAACACAAUUCAUUCCAAGUACAUUGAAUUGUUCGCCGAACUCAAACGAAUGGAGAGAGAUCAUGCCAAAGAAAAGCAAAAGCUAGUAAAAGACAAGGAUGCAGCCAAAGGGCAAUUAACAAAGGCGAACCAAACCAAAACCAAGAUGGAAAACCUCGCUCGCGAAUUGCAAAAAGAAAAUAAACGCUUACGGGAGGAUGGCAAGCGACUUGCUCAGAGUGUGGAGGAGGCCCAAGAGGAGCUGAUACAAAUGAAGAACGAUCUGUCAAAGCGUACCGAAAAGGCUAAAGCGCAGGAUGUUAAAUAUCGCGAAAUGCCUGACAUUGUUGUCAAGGUCGUCUGCCGCUACAGAGCAGAGUUGUAUUUCAAAAUAUCAAGGAAGACCAAAUUUUCACGAUUGUUCAACGCAUGGGGCAGUAGAAUGGAGCGGGCAGGUGGAAGUAAAGACGACCUCAAAGGGGUAGAUGUUGAGGGGAGCAGCAUGGGGCAGACGAAUGGAUCAGCUAGGUCUGACGCGGCCGGUACAUCCCUAUCUGGGUUGCCGCCAUCAAACCCGACCAUGCAAUUUAUUUUCACGCACAACGGGAGGACGGUGGAAGCCGACCAAACACCUGAAGAGAUUGGAAUGGACGAGGGGGAUGAACUUCUUGCUGUAGAGUUGAUGGACUUGACAGAAGGUGGUUCAGAAUUUUGGGAGGAACAGGUUGAACCGUGUCGCGAAAUCCUGAAGAAGAAUUGGACCGAUGACCCUGUGGAGGCAAAAAGAUCCAUCCAAGAGAUCUUCGACGGAGUCGUUCGUGAGCGGCUCAAGGAAGUCCUUCGACAGUACGAGCUCAGAGAACGACAUUUUGAAUGCGUCAUUCGUUCUAAGGAGCUCGAGGUACUUCUGUCUCGCGCACGUGCUGCGGAGCAGAAACAGCUCGCCGAAGGCGAGAAAGCACGGUUUGAAAGGCAAGAGGAAGAGAACAUUCAGUUGCGGAAGGAACUCGAGGAUGCUCAAAACGGGCAGACGAUGCUCAUUGAUAAGCUAAUUACCUGUUGUAAGGAGAUCAUACAAAAACCCAAUGCUGAACGGACACAACGGUUAUUUGCUUCUUUACGGGAAGAGCUGGAGAGAAAGGGGCCUCGAGGUGUCAAGAAACUUGUCGAUGGUUCUGUGGGCGGGUGA